UUUAAAUUUGCAGAUUUUGUACAAUUUACUAUAAAUCAUGUGAAAGUAUUGGUAAUGUACUUAUACAUUUUUGAAAGAACAUUGUAUCUAAAAAGUUCGAGAAUUUGAUUGUCAUAGAAAUCAAUUUAUUGUCUCUAUGUAUGUAAAAUAUCAUAUAACUUUAUCGCUUUUCAUAUUUUUUUUUUUUUCUCAAAACCAGAAUACAUGAUCACGUAAUUCACGUCACUGUUGAUAAUGACGAACAAAGGAAAAGAAGAAAUGAUAAUCAUAAUAUUCGCAAGGGAAAAUUUUCAACGCAAAAAUUGUCAAAUAUUCAGUGACAAUACGUAUGUAAAGUAAAAAAAAUACGUAGGAUGAUUUAUACAUGCAUGUCAAUACUUCAAGGGGUCACUCUACAUACUGAUAUGAGUAAAAAACUUCAUGAACAUAUGUUCUAUAUAUCUUAUAAUUAUUUUUAAAGUUAUGGAUGAUUAAAGAAAAUGUUUAACCUACAAGAAAUUUUGGAGAACAGUCUUUCAAGAUCUUUUGCUUCGAUUAAUAAAGAAAGAUAUGCAAACCAGAAAUUCAAAAUAUUCGAAAAUUGGAUGCAAGUAUAGUACGUCAUUCAUAAUAUAAGCUUAUUUUUAUUUCAUCUCAUAUUUCAGUUUUAAGGGAUGAAAUUACAUCUUGAAAAAAUUUUCUUUUUUAUGAAAUAUCUUAAAAACGGUAAAAGAUAUAUCAUAAAAAAUUUAAACAAAAGUUGCAUCGUUUCAUUAUGUUUACUAAACUACGUAAAAAAGGUUGUUGAAAAAUCCGUGAUUUUUGAAUUACUCUUCUCCCAUACUAUCAUUCUUUAACAAAUUUUUUUUUAGUAUAAGUUUUUACGUUUUAAAAUACCUCUAAAUAUUCUCUUUUCAGAAAUAUCAAUGACUUAUGUGUUUACAUUUUUUUUUUUUUUUUUUUUUUUUUUUUUUUUUUUUUUUUUUUUUUUUUUUUUUUUAAAUAAACUAGUUAUUAAAAUUGAAGUCCAUUUCAGCAAUUUUCUUUAAUAAACUUUUUUCAGGAUGCUUCAUAUACAUCGCAUAAAAGCUAACAUUCCAUAAAUACUAUAUUUUGAUAUAGCCCAUCCACUCUUGACAUAACAAAAAUAAUUAUGAUGAAGGAAAAUGAUUUGAUAGAAUUAUCUGAAUUCAAGACAAGUAAAUGGUGGAUUUCGAAAUUAUAGAAUGUGAUCUAUGUUUCAAAAUAUUGAUAGCUUGCAAUAUAUAUUCUCUUAUAUUUAUUAAUAUUCCUUAAAAAAAAGAAAAAAGACGAUACAAGAUUAUAAAGUACAAGAUGAGAAUAAAAUAUAUGUAGUUAUAUUAUAAAAUAUCAUAGGAAUUCACUCUAAUUUCUCAUAUAAAUAUACAGUUUUUCCAUAAUACAAUAUUCUUAUUUUAUUAAAAUUAUAGGCAAAUUUAUAGAUCUUCUGACACAAUAUUUUUAAAAUACUUUGAAAAAAUAAAUAACGAUAUUAUUGAUAUACUAAUACUGCAUUAUCAAUAAAAAUACAUAAAUUAUAUUUCAAUAUAAAAAGAUUUUAAAAAAUUUUCCAUUAACCAUUUUACAACUUCAACUUUUCUUACAAUAUUGAAAGAGUUUUUGUACUAAAAACAAACUGAUUAGAUAUAUAUAUAUAUAUAUAUAGUAUAUAUAUAGUAUAUAUAUAUAAUACUAUAUAUAUAUAUAUAGUAUUUAUUUGUAUCAUAUUAAUAAUAAAGUGAUCUUUUUUUGGUAUCUUGCUUAUCAAAAUAUAUGCAAUAUUUAUCUGUCAUAUGAAAUAUUUUUUCUUUCGACAGAUUAUUUUUAGAAGUAGGGUUUAUGACCACUUUGCUAUUGUUUCAUUUGUAUUUAUCAUUAUUAUUACUUUUAUCAUAAUAAUAUAAAUAUUAAUCAGUAAUAAAUAUAUGCAAAUGUCUAGAUAGUACACAUGACUUUUAUGAAUGUUCAAUGAACAUUCUUUUACAAUAUUAAGAACAUUUGUAAUACAUAAGAAUAUUCAUAGAAUAUUGUGUGCCAUCUGGGUGUAUCCCAAAAUUAUUAGAAUAAAUGAACGAAUUAUGAUAUUAAUGUAAAGAGAUAAAAACUUCAUAGAAAAAUUAUUAAACUAAAACGUUUUUCGUAGCAGAUGAGAAGUAUAUAAAUAUAUUUAAAAGAAAUUAAUAUAUUUAAAUAUAUGUAAGGAAACUAUAUUUAAAAUUUACUAGUUUGUUCAAUUUUUCUAUCUUCCAUAUACUAAGGUUUAUAGACAAUACUUUUUUUUAUCAUCUAUAUAUAAUGCAUAUACGUUGCAAUAAUUAAAAUUAGUAGCAUUUAUAUAAAUAGUAAAGAACUUAUCUGUCUAUUAAUACAUUAUUCUAAUAACUUUCGUUAAUAAUUCUAAAUUUUUGAACGGUUCUAUUAAUCUGCUCCCUGCUGUGUUGAAUGCAGCUAAAAUACGUACGAGAUUUUGUAAUUACAAUUUACGUUUUUUUUUUUCAAAAUAAUAGUUCAAUAAUAUCUUUAUAAAAAUCAAAAAUUUAAACAUAACAAUGAGUGAAAAGAAUAUGGAAAUAUCUAUAAACGAUGUUGGUGUGUCAAAUGAAUUUUCAAUAAAAAUACGAAUUGAUUCAUUGAUCAAAGAGUUUUUCGAUGAAAAUAUUAUUGACAAGAAAUCUCGAGAACAAUUAUAUUCUUGGAGAUCUCAAGAUACUAAACUAUCUGUUAAUAAUUGGUCAAAAAAUGCAAUCUAUAAUGAUUUGCAAAAAAAAAUAAAAUUUUUGAAACAAUCUAUCUUACAAUAUAUUAAAACUGAUCAAAUUUACAAACAAAAAUUAAAAAAUAUAGAACUAUUAAGAACGCAGAAAGAACAAAAGGAUUGGGACGAUAUUACAUGUAUAAUUGCAUUAUAUGAUAAAAACUUUUCCUUUGGACAAUUGGAAUACUCCACUCAGAAUCUAACGAAAGAUAUCAAGGAUUGUUGCCAAAAGUAUACAACAUUAUCUAAGGAAGUUAGAAAUAUGAAAGAUGAAUUGAAUGAAUUUACAAUGCAGUACAAUAUGGAUUGGAUAAAUUCUAAUUCUAAUUUCAUGAAUUUAUCUAAUGUAAUUAAUAAUAUAAAAAAUAGAAAUAUUGCUUCACUAAGUGCUAUUAGGUCAGCAGAGGAUACAUUACAAGAAUUACGAAAUAAAUUAAAACAAACUGAGAUAGUUUUGCAAGAUCGCAAAAAGAUAAAAGAGAAUGAAUUUUUCCGAAAUAUUUCUUAGGAAAGGUGGGAUAUAUAUAUUUACACGAACUUACCUUCUGUCGGUAAAUAGAAAACCUAUUAAUAAUUUUUGAUGAUGCUAACAAUUAUCCAUAUAUUAUUUUAAUGUUAUCUGCCGACAAUAAUUUAUUACAAAAAAUAUAAUUUAUUAUAAGAAUUAA